CCACCUGAAAUAACCUCAACCCGAAGGUUUUCCUGGAGCCCCCUGACCCUCCACCAGCGACCAACCACCUCCCGGUACCUCUCAAAAAAAUUUCACCUCCAAGUCUUCGAGAAAGUCGGAGAAAUUGUCACCCAUAAAAUUUCAAUUGCCGCGCAAUUUUUUGUGCAUUGAAGAUGCAUGUGUCGGUGUGAGUGUUCUGAGUAGAACCGUAGCGGGGCACUGUGCGUGGUCGUUGCGAAUGGCCGACGAGAAAAACCGAGGAAGGAUGGAGGAUAACAAUCAAGGCUGAUUCAGUGGGCGAAAAAGCCGAGUCGGGCUUGAAGAUGUCUGAGCCAGAGGAGAGUCCGGCUGUGCCGGAUAGUACCACCAGGGAGCAACGCCUUGGUUUCUCCCACGGUGAGGAUGUCCUAUUGCAGCAUAAAGAUGGAAAAUACUACCUUGGUACAAUCGUCGAGGUCGAUUUGUCCCGUGAUAGAUGUCUUGUUAAAUUUCUCGACAACACAUCAGCCUGGUCGACAGCCAAGGAGCUCACCAAGCUCGCUAUGCCAGAUACCGACGUUAUGUGUGUACUGUGUAAAAAAUCACAGCCAAAAUGUGAUAAUGAUAUUCUCGUUUGCGACAAGUGUGGCAGGGGCUACCACCAGCUGUGUCAUCAGCCUCACGUCUCCAAGGAAGACGCAUCACCAGAUUCUCACUGGAUGUGCAAGAGGUGCGUUGAUUGUCAGCCGAGGGUGCGGGAGCCUGAAAAUCCCAAGAAUUCGAUGAUCAAGGCGAAUAUCCGGAAGGUCUGCAGUGGAAGGGAUCAGCCAGAGCCACCACCUCAGGAUCUCACGAAAUUACCUUACGAUCCUGCAAUGCUUACCUGGGAUGCACAUCAUAGAGUCAAUGCUGAGCAGAUUUACUGCUACUGUGGACUCAAUGGUGAGUGGUAUACUCAAAUGUUGCAGUGUGCCAGAUGUAAGAUGUGGUUUCAUGAGAAAUGCGUUAGCUGUCUCACUCAUCCACUCUACAGUGGUGACAGGUUCUACGUUUUUGUAUGCUCUACCUGCAAUUAUGGAAACGAAUUCGUUCGUCGACUUGAGCUCAAGUGGGUGGAUCUCGUGCACCUGAUGCUGUACAAUCUCACUGUUUACAAUGCCAAGAAAUAUUAUGAUCUUGACACUGUUAUCAUACCAUAUGCCAUGGAGAACUGGAACUCGUUGCAACUACCUCCUAAUAUUUUCGAAGCCACUGCAGCAACACGUCGUCAAUCAAUUCUUCAAAUUCUCUGCAACAACAGGAACAGAUUUAAAUGUGGUCGUGAAAUAAAGAAACGUACAACGAUAUGGGGUCUCAGGGUUAGAUUGCCACCGCCAUGUCCAGUUGUCAAUUUGCCAUCAACUGGGCUCGUUGAUGAUUCAGUCUUGAGGAGGUGUUGGGGUGGAAAUAAAAGACUGCAGUAUCUUCUACCACCAGAAAGUUCGAUAACAAUGGCAGAAUGUACAAAGCCACCAAGUCCAAUGAAGCAGAGCCCUGAGAACGUUGAGAUUUCAGUUAAUCCAUCGGACUUAGUGAUGCGAGGUACUGUUUUCCAAAAUACUGAGGCUGACCAGAGUACGUGUCCAAGUCCAAACUCUCAGGAACCAUCUACACAGUCACUGCGUGACAGGUACAGUGGUGGUGGAUUUGUUAAAAAGUCGUUCCCCUUUCCAAAAUUAAGUUUGCAACGACGAAGAAGAUUGAUGGCACUCGGCAGUUCUCGUGAAAGAAUGCUGAGGAAACACAAGAAACGGGAAAAAGGCUGUGUUGAUACUGCCAAGGCGCAGGGUGUGAGGGAAGCCAGAUACAGGAAGGCGAGGAAACUUCUCAAAAAUGCAAUCGCGAAGAGUAAAACAAGAUCUCCAGAGGUGUCCGACCUGCCUCCAACCCCUCCCACGUCAGUGUCAGGACCACCAACGCCCCCAGCAACGACCUCAGCGAUGAGUGAGCUGUCAGUGCCAAGUUCGGUUGACCUGAUGCACCCGCUGCCCCCCUCGACCCCAGCAGACACCAGCGGAGACGAGACAAGCUCUCGCGGCACCUUAGAUUCAUUCAUCCCCCCUCCAAAGGACUUCGAGGGCAAAAACAACCCCUUCCGAAACCUGAGUGAUCUCCUUGGGACGCCUUGUACACCAGGCCAGAGCACCUCCAGCACUCCUUUACCCUAUAGUCAACCUCCCAUCACACUACCCCUUCCCCUGACCCCAGUGAUAUCCCAACCUCCAAUAGUCAGGCCUGCAAAGCGUCAAUUAUCAGAAAAGGACAUAAUAAUCGAUAGAAAUGGACAGGUAAAGAGAAGAAGACAGCAUCGUCGAGGUCGUCCACCCCAGCAGCCCCAACAGCAACAGUUCCCGACGACUGCCAGCAAAACAGCUGCAAUUCUGCCAGCGCGCAGUAACGAGGUCAAGGGGGACUUCGUCAGGAAUCUCAGAAGUUCCUUCAACACCUCCUCCAGCAGCACCAAUAGCCAAAUACCCAAUUGUGUGGAUUAUGCUCUCAAUGGGCGAAGGCUGCGACAACGACAGACAAAUGAGAAACUUCUUCCGCCUGACAGUCAGGCCAAAAGAAAUGCACCAACAUCUCCAAAAUGCUCACCUGUCAAACAGAGCGCUCCGGAUAUAUCCAUGGAUGAUCUCAAAUCCUCUGUCAACAUGUACUUUGGUGCUGCCAACAGAAUAGCCUCUGGAGAGAAGUUCGUCGUCAGGGCGAAGAGAAUUGGCCCUCAGGGACAGCUACAGUAUCUUAUUGAGUGGGAAGGGCCUAAAACAUAACGGUAAUUUUUUUCGUUAUUAUUGGGAUUUUGGAGACUGUCAAUUGUGGGAGAUUUUUUUUUUUUUUUUGGAACUUUGCACUGCCCGUUUCAGGAGGGGAGGAUGGAAUUGAUGGUGGAAUUUUUAGGAGGCGAGCCCUCAGUCCUGAAUUUAACCAGCAUCUCAGAAUACUGAAAAUAAUUUCUGUAAGCAAUGGAAAUUAUUUUUGGGACGAUUACGCCGUCCACGUUUGCUGAAUCGUAUCGUUUGUGAAUAUAAUGUAGGGAUACGAGGGUCUGGUGAAUCAGUGAAUGUGUACCGCGUUUCUUUGUCUGGGGAAUGAGACAAAUUAUUGCACUCUAACUGGAGUAGAAAAUCAUAGAAAGGUUUAGGAAUUCUUUGGGUUUUUUCAAGGGAUGAGAGGAACUGGUCCAGUCAUUGGCACUGACUUGGACAACGCACUGGGGAUAUUUUUGGAUAAUUUAGACACAAGAUUUAUUGAUACGAAUGCAGAAUUCCCUGCGACACUUAUUUUUUCAAUGGCAAUAUGAGAUGAAAUAAUAUUAGGUGUAGUUCAACUGCAACUGCGUCUCUCUUGGUGUUCUCGAGGUCUCACUACAGAAUCUUUUCCGGAGAGUCUUGGAGAAAUGUCUUCGGGGAAUCCAGUGGGAGAAGCUGCUGUGGCCUUGCUCACUACACAGCUUAAAAAAUUGUACUGAAUUUUCUGAAGAACUGCCCCGAGUCCGUAGUGAGACAAUACUGAUUUUUUACUAGUAGAUAAAUUAAAAUUUUAGAUUUGCCAUGAACUUAUCAAUUUUCUUAGAUCUCUGUCGUCUAGCUCAAUUUAAAUUUACUACUUCUCUGGAAAUUCUCAUAAUUCGAAGACAUGAUAAAUUCAGUAACAAUUUUUUAACGGUGUACAAGACUAAAAACUCAAGAGAAUAAUACUUACCUGUCUCAGAAUCACUUCGAAUAUACAGAUGGACGAUACUUUCAUUUAAUCCGAUCAGAAACUAAUGUAGAAUUGUCCUCUUGGAACGUAGAAUUGUCCGAUAACGAAAUUACUCACCUGACAAUUAAGGAUUAUCAAGUCGGUGGUGACAAGAGCUUAUUAGAAAAUUAAAAAAAAAAUAUUUCUACGUGCGAAUGGUGUAAAUUGAGUUUUGUUACGAUAUUUCCCAUUCAUGACAAGAAUUAAAUCCAUGAUUAAACGACUUCAUUUAUCAAAACUGUUGGAUUAUUUACAAUAAUUUUGAUAACAACAGCCUCUGAAUUCUCAACACUGGGAAUCUUUAUUCAAUAUUAGGUGAAAUUUCUCGGUCAAUUUCUCAUUACUCUGAACAAAUAUUGAGAAUUCAGAUGAAUUGUUGUCUGAAUGUUACAAUUCGUCUUGAAUGUUAAAAUUCUAUUGACUAUGCGAGAAAUAUUAUAAGGAAAUUUGAUGCGAAUUGAUCAAUAGUUUCAAGAGUAAUUUUCUAAUUAUCCGCUCUGAUAACAACAAGUAUUGCAAAGAACCCAUUGCACAUCUCGACGUUUGUAUUAAUCGUUCAUUCGAAUUUUAUUGAGCAUUUAGGUGAUAUUCGAAACGACAAGAAAUGGACACUGCCAAACUCCUAAUUUAUGUAAAACUGAAUAUUUAAAUACUGCUUUGCUAUUAUUUUAUGUUAGCCUUUGUCACAUCAAAGGAAUCUCGUUAUACUAUCAUUUGUGUUCGAAAAAAAAAAAUCAAUUUCCACGUGACGUGGAAAUGGCACGUAUAAAUUGUGUUCGUAUUGAAUUAUUCAUGAAAAAAAUCGUUCCGAUUUUAUGAUUAUUUUUAAAUCUCGUUGGGCACAAGUUAUCGUAAAAUGACGGUAUCAAUUGUGUAGCAUUUCAAUUACGAGAAAUCAACUUUUAUUAUCAAUCAAACAGGAGUACACAGAGAAAAAAGUUUCUUGGUUCUAAAAAAUUGUUUACUCUUUGACGAAUUGAUUUUGUAGAAUUGAGAAACUUAUUUUUUAAUAGAAGGAAGUUGUUUUUACCAUCGAAAUCCAUUUUCUCUGAGUGUAAAAGAUUUAUAAAAUUCAAUGAAAUUAGGAGAAAAUUACUGCCAGUAUCGUAUGUAAAUAUUUCCAAUUUUUAUCGACUAAAUAUGGUAAAUGUACGAAGUAACAUGUUUGUGAGGAUAAUCGUGAUUAACGUGUGAAAAAAAUGAGAUGAUGGAAAUAGUGUGUGUGAGAGUGAAAGCUCAAGCGCUUCCAGUGGACACGUCGGCUGUUGGAUCCCCAAAAUGCCCACCGAAAAUAUUUUCCAAAAAUGUUAAAAUUGUAAAUGUGUUGUCCUCAAUGCAUAAUGAUCGUUCAAUGAAAAGUUUAUCCUGUAAUCAUCAUUAAUAUCACUAUUUAAUUUAUGAUUGAAUAAACGGUAAAUAACUGAGUUUAUUUUUCACCCCAGUCGAUGUAUCAAUGGGUUCGAAAUUAUUUUGCUGACCAAAAAGUUAAUGUCGAAUAAUUGUGAAAAAUUGAUAAAUCCACCAUUGAAGUAUCGAUUGAUUCGCGUGUAUUGGUAGCCAACCCCUUAAUGUGAUGUGAUCUACAAUUAAUGUAAUGAGAGGAAUGGUCCACUGUGAGAAUGGAUGGUUGAACGAGGAAGUGAAUGGUAUCAUCACUUUUAUGUUUAUACUAUUGACGAAUCAGUUUUACUCGUAUUUGUAAUUAAAGAUAAGAUUUAUUAUUAAUUUUCUUUAUUCGAGGAGCUCUGCUUCGUAUCUUCAAUGUUGUUCUGUUCAGCUUGGGCUAAAGAGACUGAUAAAUAGAUCCUUGUCAUUUUUCAUUCAA